AUGCUGACCAGAUCCCCACGUGUGUCAGUCUCCAACAUGCUCAACCGGCUACAUGGCCAACCUGAAAGUUACGACAAGAAGUCCAAAUACCGAUUCGGCCGAACACUUGGCGCAGGCACCUACGGCAUCGUGAGAGAAGCCGACAGCCCAACUGGCAAGGUGGCUGUGAAGAUUAUCCUCAAGAAGAAUGUGAAGGGCAACGAGAGGAUGGUUUAUGAUGAGCUUGACAUGCUCCAGCGCUUGAAGCACCCCAACAUUGUCCGAUUCGUCGACUGGUUUGAGUCUAGAGACAAAUACUACAUUGUCACGGAGUUGGCGACCGGUGGCGAGCUUUUCGACCGCAUCUGCGAGCAAGGGAAGUUCACAGAAAAAGACGCCGCCGCGACUAUCAAGCAGGUGCUGGGGGCUGUUGAUUACCUUCACAGCAAGAAUGUGGUCCACAGGGAUCUUAAACCCGAAAACCUGCUCUAUCUGACCAAAGCGGCCGACUCGGACCUCGUUCUCGCUGACUUCGGUAUCGCCAAGAUGCUCGACAGCAAGGACGAAGUUCUAACCACCAUGGCGGGGUCAUUCGGCUACGCGGCGCCAGAAGUGAUGCUUAAGAAAGGCCACGGCAAACCCGUUGACAUGUGGUCCAUGGGCGUCAUCACCUACACACUUUUGUGUGGAUACUCGCCGUUCCGCUCCGAGAAUUUGCAGGACCUGAUCGAAGAGUGCAGCAAUGCGCAGGUGGUCUUUCAUGAGAGAUACUGGAAGGACGUUAGUGAAGACGCCAAGCAAUUCAUCAAGUGCCUGCUGCAACCCAAACCCGACGACAGGUGGACUUCCUCCCAGGCUCUGAACCACAUCUGGCUGACUGGUGACAAUGCCACGGACCACAACUUGAUUCCCGAGAUCAAGGCAUACAUGGCCAAGGCACGCCUUCGGAGAGGUAUCGAGAUGGUCAAGCUGGCCAACAGGAUCGAAGCCCUCAAGAUUCAGGAAGAAGAUCCAGAGGAUUCAGACAUGCCGACCGACUCGUACGCUGCUGCAGGUUCCUCCAGCGCUUCGAACGCUUCGAGCUCCAAGCCAGAGGCUGGUGCUUCUACUACUUCAAGCGAAGGCAAGCGAAACCUUGCCAAGAAGCUAAAGGGUGCCAUCUUCCGCGAGGUGGUGCUCGCGAAGGUGCGCGAGAUGAAGCAGCAGGAGCAGACGUUGAAGGUCGCGGAGGAGGUCGAAAAGGAGGCGAAGAGGCGUUCGUUCCACGAGUAA